CCGGGAAGCUAACUGCUCCUUUGAAACUGUCAGCUGCCACCAAACCCCAAAGAGCAAACACCCGCAUAUACACACGACAACUUAGGAUUCAGCCUCUUCACAGUUUGUAAAAAAAUAAGGAACACAGUUGACAAAAACGGAGGUUAUUUGUUUUUUUUGCUCAUCCUCGAUAAUCAAUCCGUUUGUCUGUCUGCAGAUUCUAAUUCCCUCUGUCAGGAGGGAUUCAUGGCCUUCAUGAUCAUCCAAACAAGGUCGUCUUCUUUCCUCAUCUUCUCCCUCUGGACUCUGCUUUCCCUUUCCACCUCUGUUUGGCUCAUCAACUCCCAAUCCAAUCCCCCUCAGAACAUUGAAACCACUUAUCCCUUCUUCCCUCCUCCUCCUCCUCCUCCUCCUCCUCCCUCACCCCCGCUGCAGCCGCCGUCUCCACCUCCUCCGCCGGUGGAAACCUCAUCUGGCUCCAACAAGACUAUAGCCAAGGCUGUCGCUAUCACGGCGGCGAGCACCGUGGUCGUCUCGGCUCUGUUCUUCUUCAUGCUCAGGAGGCGGUCCAUGUCCCGGCGCAGGAAGGGCGAGGGCGGCCCAAGGCCCGACGGGGGGUUGCCUACGGUCUCCCGAGACGAGGUCACGAGGUUCGAUGGCAACUUGAAGGGGCUGAUCGUGGACGAAAAUGGGCUCGAUGUGCUCUACUGGAGGAAGCUUCAGGGGAGCAAGGGCAGGAGCCCGAGGCAAAGGAACAGCUUCAAGAAAUUGGAGGUUGUCAUCGGGGAUUCGAGAGAUGGACAGGAACAAGAAUCGGAAGAAGGCCUCGUUCGGAGGAUUCAGCAAGUUCCUCUGCUCAGGGGGAAGUCUUCAACUUCUGAACAGAAUCCAUCACCGGCUCGGCCGCAACCCAGCCUUCAGCUGCCCGCAAUGCCGCCACCAACACCUCCGGAGACAGCCACCAUAGCAGCCAUUCCAGCCAGUAAUACUCCCAAGCCACCACCCCCACCGCCACCGCCUCCUCCUCCACCUAUAACAGGACAGACUAAAAUCCCAGAGCCACCGCCUCUGCCAGUGCAGCCACCAAAGGCCGGUGGCUCGGCCUCAUCCCUAAAACUGCCGCCCCCACCGGUCCCGAAGAUUGCUGCCGGCAAAGCCCAAGGAUCUUCAUCCGGGGAAGGAGGAUCUGAUCAGGUCAAACUGAAGCCAUUGCAUUGGGAUAAAGUCAACGUUGAGCAGGGCAAUCCCAUGGUGUGGAACAAGAUUGAGGGCGGCUCCUUUAAGGUUGAUGAUGAUCUCAUGGAAGCGCUCUUCGGGUACGUCGCAACCAACCGGAAAUCUCCACAAGGGAACAAGAACUCGUCCAGCCCUGGGAACCUCAGCCCAGGCCGAUCGGGACAAAUCUUCAUCCUCAACACCAGAAAGUCACAGAACAUCGCAAUUGUCUUGAAAUCUCUGUCUGUUUCCCGGAAGGAUAUCCUUGACGCUCUCACUGAAGGCCGGGGCCUGAACUCAGACACCCUCGAGAAGCUCGACAAGAUCACCCCGACAAGGGAAGAGGAGUUGCAGAUCCUCGCGUUUGACGGGGACCCCACGAGGCUUGCUGAUGCAGAGUCCUUCCUCUUUCACAUCCUUAAAGCCAUUCCAUCAGCUUUCACCCGAUUCAGUGCUAUGCUCUUUAAGCUGAACUACGAGGCCGAGAUCAAUCAGGUGAGAGAAUCCAUACAGACCGUGGAGCUCAGUUGUAAGGAGCUUCGAACACGAGGCCUCUUCAUGAAGCUUUUGGAAGCCAUCCUAAAGGCUGGAAACCGAAUGAAUGCCGGAACUUCCCGAGGUAACGCCCAAGGUUUUAACCUCAGUGCCCUGAAGAAACUCUCCGAUGUUAAGAGCACAGAUGGAAAGACUACGCUGCUUCACUUCGUGGUGGCGGAAGUAGUCCGAUCAGAGGGUAGACGAUGUGCCAUAAAUCGGGCCCGGAGCCUGAGCCGUUCAGGCAGCCUCAGUGGUGUAAACUCAGAGGAUCCUACAUUGAAAGAGGACAAGGAGAAGGAAUAUAUAAUGCUGGGAUUGCCCGUGGUAGGAGGCUUAACUGCCGAGUUCUCAAAUGUGAAGAAAGCAGCGGCUAUUGACUAUGAGAGUUUUACAGGCUUGUGUGGUGCCCUUGCAUCGCGGGUCUCAGAGAUUCGGGACCUGGUCUCUCGGUGUAAGGAAGAUGAAGGGGGGUUUGCGAGGGAAAUGAAAGGAUUCCUCGAAUCAGCGGAAGCAGAGAUAGCUUCUUUAAGAAAAGACCAGGCAAGAGCCAUCGAGCUCGUGAAGUCGACAGCAGAAUAUUACCAAGCAGGGGCUUCCAAGGAGAAGGGAUCAAACCCGAUCAGACUAUUCAUCAUAAUAAGAGACUUUCUUGGUAUGGUCGAUCAGGUCUGCGUUGAGAUCGCUCGGGAUGCGCAGAAGAAGAAGCCUGCAAUGGCCACCGGAGUGUCUCCCUCGCCUGAUUCAACCAGGAAAACAAUGAGAUUCCCAAAGUUGCCACCAAAUUUCUUAUCGGAUAAUAAAUCUAACGAUUCGGAUAGUGAUUCCUGAAUUGGUUUCUGUACACAAGAGAAGCCGUUAUGUUCAUAGGCGCUAUACAGUGAGUGAUUCUUUAAUUGCAUGACAUUCUUUUUCAACUUUCAUUGGAAAUGUAUAUCAGACUUUCGAAUUUGGUGUUC